AUGCUCCCCUACCUCCUCCCUUCCCUCCUGGGUCUCCUCCUCUACACCCUGGGAGCAAACACAAGCGCCAUCCAACACGUCUCCCGCCAGACCUGCCAAUCAACCGGCACCCACUGCCCCCCAGGAACCUUGAUCGUGGGCUCCAACUCCAAAAAAGCCUCGCACAAAACCCUCCAGUCCGCCAUAAACUCGCUCCCCCACGACGCCUCCCCGCAAACAAUCCUCAUCCUAGAAGGCGUCUACACAGAGCAAGUCAACGUCACCCGUGCGGGCCCAAUUACCAUCCUCGGCCAAACAAGCAAUUCCAAAGAUGCUACCAAGAACCGUGUUACCAUUACCUGGAAGGCUGGGAAUAGGGACAGCACUGGAAACUUCGAUAAUGUCUACUCCAGCGUUAUGGUUGUAGCGCCGACGCUCGAGUCGAGUCUUACGGGGUCUGGGACGACGGGCUGGCCGGUGCCGGAGGAUACGCCGUUUGGAAAUCGCGAUUUCAGGGUUUAUAAUGUUGAUUUUGUGAAUACCUGGGCGGAUUACUCGGAUGGGCCGGCGCAUGCACUUAGUUUGAGUCGUGCUAAUGGCGGAUUCUAUUAUUGCGGGUUUUAUUCGUAUCAGGAUACGAUCUACAUCGGCAAACUCGGCAACGCCUACUUCUACUCCAGCAUAAUCGCCGGCCAAACGGACUUCCUCUACGGCUUCGGCACAGCCUGGAUCCAAUCGAGCGCCAUCCAGCUGCGCGGCUGCGGCGGCGGCAUAACCGCCUGGAAAGGCACGAACACCACCACCCCCAACAAAUACGGCGUGUACAUCGUGGACUCGGACGUGCGCGCCGCGAACUCCUCCAUCGCACCGGAUAUCAAGGGCAAGUGUGCCCUCGGCCGGCCGUGGAACAGCCAGCACCGGUCUAUCUUUGCGCGCUCGUACGAGGACGGCAGCAUCAAGCCGCAGGGGUAUGUUGAUUGGAUUGUUAGCGGCGUGCCGAGGUACGAGAGGGGUGUUACGCUUAUGGCGGAGUAUCGGGUUUACGGGCCUGGUGUCAAUGAGACGGCUCGCAUUGAGGGCGGUGUUACGGAUGUGCUUGGUCCUAGGGAGUGGGAGAAGUUUAGUACGCCGCAGAAGGUAUUUGGGGAUACGAGGUGGGUUGAUUGGAGUGCUGUUCAGGGGAGGAAUUGA